CAAUGCCAAGUAAAAACCCUUCUAUAAAGUCUUCAUAGACCCCAUUUUCGGUCCUCUUUAUUAUCUAGGGUUUUCGCACAUUUCUCUCGUCAGCUCUCGCAACCCCUCGAUUCGUCAUCGGCGCUUCAGCAUACAACCAUGCCGUCACACAAGACUUUCAGGAUCAAGAAGAAGCUUGCCAAGAAGAUGAGGCAGAAUCGUCCGAUUCCAUACUGGAUUCGUAUGCGUACUGACAACACCAUUAGGUACAAUGCGAAACGCAGACAUUGGCGCCGUACCAAGCUUGGAUUUUGAGGUGUUUCUCAAAUUUCAGCAGGUUUUCUUAGUAUUUACAGUUGUAGUUCUGAAAGGGAUCGUGUUUUGAUUUGAUAGUACAAUGGUAAUACUACUAGUUGAGUUUUUUUUUUUGGAAGUCUGAACUUCAUGUAAUGAAAUGCUCUUUGGAGCAAAUUUUUACCUAAUGCAACUGUUUCGUUUCGUUUCCCUUCA